UCAUAUACUAUUAGUUAAAUAGACCUAUGAGUACGUGUGUACGAAGAGUAAAACCACAUCAUUGAUUAUUUCACAAAUAAGGGACCCAUAUUUCAAUAAAAAAGUAUUCUUAAUUAUACUGUGAUUCUAAGCUAUAAUUGAAUGGAAGUAAUGUAAAAAGGUUUCUACAAUUCUAAAUAACUAAUAAUACAAACUAUAAAAAAUACGUAAAAUCUCUCUCGUUUAGCGAGAGUGUCGGAUAGGAGUCUCUAUUAGUUUUUUUUUUGGAGAGGUUUUACAGACGGCGGUGAUCGGGUUUGAGUUAAUUCUAAAGAUACUUGGGGUGAGUAGAGGGAUAUAGUGAGUUAGCUUUACAAUUUAUUGGCAUCCUGCGAUCAGACUGACAGGUUUAGAGAGGGGUUGAGUGAGAGUUUCUUGUGGGUUCCCAUAACUCAGAGGGUCUCGCCAAAGUUUUUUCCUAAGCUAGCCUUCUGCGGCUUAGGGGUGAGGGGUGAGGGUUUUUUUGUACACUGAGAAGAGUCGGUAAAGAGGUUGAUUCCCAAUGGCCAGCAAAGAGAAGGACGUGGACGAGGCAGAUCUGGAGCAAGUGACGAAAGACAGUAGGGGAGAAAAUCUCAUUAGCACAGGAACAAAGGAAGCUAUAGAGCAAUCGCAAAUAAUCAUACGAAGUACAGUGAUGGCUGAAGAAGGGCACACGAAGGUCCUGAAAAUAGUGGACAAAGAGGCUUCUUUCUCAGAAGCCUUGGAGAACAAGAUACAAAACAUAAGUUUGGCUUCGGAUGACGAGGAUGAUGCGCUGGAGGUGGAAGAACAAGACUAUGAUGCGGUAAUGGUGAAGGCAGUGAAGCUGUUGGGAUUGGUGGGAAGAUUGUUAGUGGACAAAAAACAAAAUCUCAAAUCCAUGAAGAUAGAACUAACAAAGGCGUGGAAUCUGAGACAAACCUUUCAGGUUACUGAAAAGGGAGACCAACUGUAUGGCUUCCAAUUCCUUGACAAGCAAGAUAGGAAGAAGGUGCUCCGCGGGGGACCCUGGCAUUAUGACAACAACCUGAUAAUUUUUAAAGCUGCAGAUGCUUUCCACAAGCCACUGAAGGAGGAGUUCUGUAUUAUGGAAGUCUGGAUACAAAUUUUUGGCUUACCAACUGCUUUGAAGACAUCUGAAAUGGCACACAAAAUUGUGGAGAAAUUCGGCAGCUUAAUAUGGGUGGACUCUCUAGUAGAUACAGUAAGGGAUGAUUACCUACGGAUAAGAGUAGGCAAAGAUAUCAGAACACCGUUGAGACAAGAGCUGAAACUGAAGGUACAAGGCAAAAUCAUGAAAUUUCCAGUGAAAUAUGAAAAGCUCCCACUAUUUUGUUUUGCAUGUGGCCUGGUAGGCCAUCCCAAAGCCUAUUGCCCAACUAAACAAACCGUGGAAAUGGAUAAAUUUGGCCCUGAGCUACGAUUGGGAGCACCCCAAAGUAGAUCCUGGCAAUCAAGGCAAGAGAGGGAGGAGACUGAUGAAUUGUGGAUGGCCCUGAGAGCGAAACUCGAUAGGGAAGCAACAACUGAAAAGUUGAGGCUGGAGUCAUUGAAACAUCCAGAGGCAAGCUGGAAAAAGGUAGAGGCCCGAGCUAACCCUAUCUACGAGAAACAAAGGCAAAUAUUUGGUGUAGGGGAAAGCGAGAAGUACCAUCCUGAAUCCUAUAAAGGAUCAACAGAGGAGGCAUGGAACAUGAAAGAAGCUAGAGGCAUGGAAGUACAAAUGGAAAACACAGUAGAUAAAAAUGCCCAGGAAAGGAGGGAUAAGGAGAAAGAGGAAAGGGAGGCUAGGAGAGAUAAGGUGGAUGGGGACGAGACAGGCAUGGGUGGCAUGGACAAAAAUGAAAUGGAAGAAAGUAAUUUGCUAAAUUUCAAUAUGGGGACGGUCAGCACAGCACAAAUCAGAUCGAGGCCAAAGAGGUGGAACAGGCAAACUCCUAAACAGGAAACUGGAGCUUGAAAGCCCUCCUUACAACUGACACCCCAGAAAAGAAGUUUACAGAAUGAUGAAGAUGGGAAGAAGGAUGCGGGAAGAGAGCCCUCUCACACUCAAGGCGAGGAGGGUAAUAAACGCACAAAUUUCCC